CUCAUCGUUAUUCUCUUGUAUGAGUGGUCAGUGUUGAUUGAAUGGCAUAACUCUUGAAUAGUGAAAAUGUAAAAGAGUAAAAAAAAAAAAAAAGGAUUUCAUUUAUCCCAUUUGUGAAUUGCACAAGUCCACUCACCUUGGCCUGUUUAUGUGAGCUUUAUGAGAUAAUUUGAAUGAUACUGGUAAUGCCGUUCCCUCCUGUUGUCUAUAAGAUGUUCUUAAAGCAGCAGAUUCUUGGUAUACUGUGGUAGCACCUCCCAUACCUGUUUUACCACCACAAUGAUAAUUUCUUAAUAAAACUGGAUUUUAUGUCUUUGGGGAAAUAUAUAUCAUGCUGUAUGUCUCUGCCUACAACAACCAUUUGUCCUGUAUUUAGAAAGUGCAGUAUACCAAAAUCUGCUUUACAGAGUAGGAGUUGAAUACUCCCAAACUGCAGGCGCCGCAGACACCUCAAAAUUCAAAAGUCAAGUUGUUUAAACUCUUAACCAUAUGCAUUUUAUUUUUCUCCCCCAUAUUGGACUUUCCCCUGUUAAACUUCUCUCUGUUAUUUGUGUGUGUGUAUGUGUGUGUGUGUAUGUGAUUUUUGUAGUGAAGAAGGCAAAAGCAGCCCCCUCGUUGAUGGCUGAAAGUGGUCCUCUGCCUGCCAACAGGGGAUUAUAGGCAUUUUCAAAGGCCAGCAAGCAUUCAAGUCCCCACCCCACUCUUUUUGUGUCCUCUUUCUUUCUCUGCCUUCUCUUUCUCUUUCCUUCUGUCUAAUUUAUCUUUUCUAGGUGGUUUAGAGUAUAAAGGUCAGAUAUCGUGGACAUACCCUGAAACAGUGGUCAUUUUGCAUUGUUUUGCAACACUUUUGAACGCUGCUUAGCCAUUCAUUUCAUGGCUACAGCAUCUCCCUAAUGGUUAAGGCUGGCAGUAUUCUUUAUUAUUUUUUGUUAACAAAUCCCACGAAGACCAAAAGACCAUUAAAAGUACAUCAGUGAGUGACCUGUGCACUAGAUGACAUGUUUGUCCAUUAUAAUGAAUGCAGGCACUAACACAGGCAUCGUCCUGCACCAGGUAAUAUUAGCUAGCAUACCUAAUGUGUAUUAAUCCGCCACUGAAAAUAGUCCCUAACAAGGUAUAGAAGUAGAAAGUAUUGAGAGAUGGACUACCACAUUGUUGGUGUUGGUAUUUUCAUGGGAUUGGUUGACAAAAACCAAAACAUUGAAUCUCACCAGCCCUAUCCGAGAAAACGAUGUAAAUUAAGUCUCGGAAGAAAAAGCUUUCAAAAGCAUUUAUUUUGGUAUGGUGGCAAAAAAAUUCUACGAAGAUGCUGGGGGUGAAUGAUUACAGAAGACACUGCACAGACAUACUUAACCAUAUGUGAGCAGCUAAUUUUGGGACUUAACAGAGAGAAAACUAGUCAGUGAUUGGUUGUCUUACAUAAUAGUCAUACUAAAUCUCAUCGUAAGUUGUCUUAGAUGCCCACCUGACAUGACACAAUGUUAGUAAAAUAUAUUCUCUUUAACAGUGGUCUUCUUUUGUUGUUGUGUUUUACAGUUCUUUUUCCUGGCUCAGCCAGUCCUGUAUACCAGGCCCUGCUGAAAAUACCAUCCAACAGUUUUGUCUCCUGCAGCAAUUUCUCUUCAGUCUGCUUUUUUUAUUUCAAUGUUGUCAUUGUUGUGUGUUCGUAUUAAGGUCAUGUAUUUUUGUGAAAGAGUUGUUUUUGGGCUGGAUUUACUGUGUGAUGAUUAUACGGUGUUUUUUUUGUUAAUUUGGGCCAUUUUAAAAAUAAAAUCAAGGGCAUAUUGCAAAUAAAGAAAAUAAAAAAUAUUCUUUUCAUUGGUAGCGCAGAUUAAUCAAACCAGGUUUGCUGCUUUGGUUUGGUUAAUUGAUGCGGUGGCAGGUAAGGAUACUAGAAUAAUGAUGUACAGCAGGUACGCUACCCACCCUGAAUUCUGCUAUUGUCAUUGAGUAUAUCUGACGUUUGUGUUUUUGGUAAGUAGACACUGAUAGCUUGUAUAGUGUUCUUGCCAAAUCCCUAAAAUUCUCUCUGUUGUGUGUAUCUCGAUUUUUCUCUGUGUGCUUUUAGUAGCGAAGCCGCCAACGUGAGUCGCUUGUUUCAGUAAACGUCUAAAUGAAAAUUGAGGGCACACCCAACUGGAGAAGCAGCUGUGCUUGCUAACGUUUGGUUCAUGACUUAAAAAACACGUUCAGGAUCUAUUCCAGAUGAGGCGAAAGCUUUAUCACUGUUGGCGCCAGCAAACGCUGUUGCAGGAAUUCUGCCAGGAGGAGGACUUCUUCCGACGCCCAAUCCCAUCUCCAAUCCAGCUGUAAGAAAUGCGCUGUUUAGUACAAAUUCUCUGACUAUGGGAACAUCUAUCAUCAUCCAUCAGCUACUGCAGGACCUUACAGAAAAUGAUUCAAACAUGGGAAACCCUUUUGGAGCUCCGAACAUGGAUGCAAUGGCUGCAUUUGGAUUCCCAGGAGCCAAUAUGAAUCCCCAGGCGGCUGAUCAGCUGUUAAAGUUCAUGACAGAUCCAAAAUUGAAUCCUUUGGCUGCGGGCUUAAACCUGAGUGCGAGCCUGAAGGCUGACGCAUCAAAUAAAGAAAUCGAAGAGGCCAUGAAGAGAGUCAGAGAGGCCCAGUCGCUCAUUUCUGCUGCUAUUGAACCUGGAAAUAAGGAGAACAAAAAGGGGCGAGCUCAGUCCCGGACAAGGUCCAGGUCCAGAAGGAGAAGGUCCAGAUCACGGUCAAGACACAGGCGAACUAGGAGCAGAUCAAAGCGACGGUCGAACUCCAGAAACAGGAGACGCUCCAAAAGUCCGCGCAGGAAACGCACCCACUCCAGAGACCGAAGCAGGCGAUCUCGAAGCAGAUCCAGAGACAGAAAGAAAGAUGAUUCGGGAAGAAGAAAAUCCAAAACACCACCGAAAAGCUACAGCACAGCCAGGAGGUCGCGCAGCGGGAGCCGGAGACGCAAGAGAAGUCGAAGCGGAAGCCGAUCCCCUAAAAAAUCUCCUAGAAGAAAAAUUUCCAAGUCUCCAUCUCCUCGAAGACACAAGAAGGACAAGAAAAAGGAUAAGGUAAGGGACUGGGACCGCAAGAUAGAAAAAGAGCGCAGUCGCGAGGAACAUGAACGCUCCACCAGCAAGAAAAAGAAAAGUAAAGACAAAGAACGAGAGCGAGAGAGGAAGUCAGAUGGUGAGAAAGGAGAUGUCAAGAUCACCAGGGAUUAUGAUGAAGAGGAACAAGGCUAUGACAGCGAGAAGGAGCGAGAGGACAGGAAGGAUUCUGAUGACUCUGCUUUGUCUCCCCAGUCUGUGGAAGGUAACGGCACUGCGAGGUCUGUGAAGCAGGCCAAAGUUAACGGAGCAGACGAUCACCACGAAGAGGACAUGGAUGUCAGCGACUAAGUCCUCCGUCCUGCUUUGUCCCACAUUAUCCCUCCGUUUUGGCUGUGAGUUUUUUUCCCCCCACUGGGGUAAAUCUAAAAUGUGAAGUGAAUUAUAUAGAUUUUCUGCACAGAAGUGGUUUACUCUUUGCAAAUAUACAAUGCAGAAUUGUCAGUUUUGCCCAAAGACAUUGUCACAUUGCUUUAAAGUACCCCUGUGCCCUCUACACAUGUAAUCGGUUUAAAACUGGAAGUAGGCUUGUUUUGCUUUUCUUGAGCUUGUGUUGUCAGGUUUUGUUACUUCCUCACAUAUUGAAUCUUUACGUUUGUUUAGCGUUGUGGUGUGUUGCUCAGGCAUCUUCCCCACCUUCUUGGAACUGUUAAUGAGUUUGUUUUAUCAAGGAUUUCUUUUAUAAUAAAGCCUAUUUGGAGAACAAA